GCAUGACCGGAAAGAUUGCUUACCUUCGAGCUCGCCAGCCCAUCCAGUAUCUCCAUCUACUGAGGGCCGGCUACUUUGAACCUAUCCCUGUCGCCUGGGCCACCCAGGCUUCCAACCCACUAAAAUUCAGCAUUGAAGCAGCCGCCGGAUGGAGGGGGAUUACCCCUGCCUGGCGAGGGUACGAGGACACCGCCGAGGAGCGGCUCUACUGGGUCUUGAACCACCGAGAAGGCAGUGUUGGAUUGAGGAUGAAGCCAGACUUUAUUUCCGAGAUGGACAUGGCUCGUGCCAGAAUGGCUACAGCGGUCGAGCCGCCUCCCGAGUACUACUCAGCCACCGACACUUGCCACCUCCAACAUACCUCUGUCGGCUACUCCAAACAAGUCAUGCCUAAACCCUUCGUGGCUUACGAUCGACCUGAGGUGCCGACAGACGACACCAUGAUUCUUUUGGAUGUCUCUGGGUCCAUGGGCUUUGAACCAAGGCGACCAAGAUACGACCAGUAUCUUAUCACGGGUUUCACCAAAUCUACCCAGCCCAAGAACAAAGAUGUGGCCAAAGCAAUCAUCCGACGCUUCACCGAUGCCAUGACAAAUCACGACCACCAAUUUCGCGGCUAUGAUCUGACCACUUUCUCAGAUUCCGCAGAAUAUAUUGGCACUAUCAACCAUCAGAACCUCAGCAACAUGUGGGGCAGGAUCAGAAUCGGAGGAGGCACGCGCGUCAUGACAGGAUGGCAGAAAGUCAAGGAACUGCAUUUCCAGAAGCAUUCCGAGUCCGCCACGCACCAUCCGGUGUAUGGUUGGCAAGCUGGGCCAGAAACACCCAUGCUGCGCCUGCUUCUCCUGCUCGACGGCGAGGCUAUGGACAUGGACGAGUUCGAGCUGGACCUCCUCGGCCUUUCGUGGGCUCACGUUACCAUCUUCCUGAUUGGGGUGGACGGAUGCCCGCAUCACCAUCGUCAUGCCAACGAAUUACAACGCAUCAGCGACGUCAACCACCACGUCUCUUUCGUCGAUGCGCAGGGCAACACGCCGGAGCGGUUUGUGACGCAUGAGCUGCUCAAGAGGCACUUGGGCUAUGAGGUGUCGAUGACCGAGUUUGAACAGAUGGAGGAGUUGCCGGAAUACACAGCGUGAAAUUACUGACAGAUAAACUCCGGUAGUGAUGUACCAGAAUACUCAGCGGCGGAUCCUGACCUCUCC